GGGAGCCCGGACAGGAUGGGGGUCCCCGAACGUGCAGGGGGCCUCGGACGCGGCGGGACCGAACGUGGGCGCCCCGUGGGCAGCGGGGCCGGUGCGGAGUCGGCGGCGGGACCAGUGCGGGCCCGGCGGGGCGGUGCGAGCCCCUGCCCGGCCCCCGGUGUCGGUUUGCAUCCCGGCUCCUCCCCGCCCCGCCGCCCCGCGCAUUCCCGACCCUCCGGGCGGUGGCGGCGGCGGCGGCGGGGCCCGGCGGGGCCGGGGCGGGACCCCACGAUGCCGCAGCUGGAACCGACGGGGGGAGACGACUUGGGGGCCCCCGACGAGCUCAUCGCCUUCCAGGACGAGGGCGAGGAGCAGGACAAGGGCGCGGGGCGCGGCUCGGCCCACGGGGACCUGGACGAGCUCAAGUCCUCGCUGGUCAGCGAGACCGAGAACCGGGGGGGCCCCGGCCCCGUGGUCGGCCCCGGCCCCGAGGUGAGGCGAGGGGCGGCGGGGAGCCGGGGGGAGGCGCCCCCCGCCCGGCCCUGCUCCGCUCACCGCCUCUCCCCGCAGGCGGAGCGGCCCCCGCCGCCCCGGGAAAGUUUCCAGAAGCCGCGGGACUCCCUGGCAGAAGUGGUCAGACGACAGCAGGAUGGGGGUUUUUUUAAGGGCCCUCCCUAUCCCGGCUACCCCUUCCUGAUGCUCCCUGAGCUGGGCAGCCCCUACCUCGCCAAUGGAGCCCUCUCCCCCGGCGGAGCCCGCACCUACCUGCAGAUGAAGUGGCCACUGCUGGACGUGCCGGCCGGGGCCACGCUGAAGGACAACCGCUCGCCCUCGCCCGCCCACCUGUCCAACAAGGUCCCGGUGGUGCAGCACGCCCAUCACAUGCACCCGCUGACGCCGCUCAUCACCUACAGCAACGACCCCUUCCAGCCCGGCUCGCCGCCCGGCCACCUCUCCCCAGAGAUCGACCCCAAGACAGGGAUCCCACGGCCGCCGCACCCCCCCGAGCUGCCCCCCUAUUACCCGCUGUCUCCUGGAGCCGUGGGGCAGCUCCCGCACCCGCUGGGCUGGCUCGUGCCACAGCAGGGACAGCCUGUGUACUCCAUUCCUGCUGGUGGCUUCCGGCACCCGUAUCCCGCCCUUGCCAUGAACGCCUCCAUGUCCAGUUUGAUGUCCAGCCGCUUCUCCCCGCACAUGGUCCCGCCACCCACGCACGGGCUGCACCCCUCAGGCAUCCCACACCCCACCAUCGUCUCGCCCAUCGUCAAGCAGGAGCCCUCCCAGCCCAGCGCCAGUCCUGGAGGCAGCUCGAAAUCCCCGGUGGCAGUAAAGAAGGAGGAGGAGAAGAAGCCUCACAUCAAGAAGCCUCUCAAUGCCUUCAUGCUGUACAUGAAGGAGAUGAGGGCCAAGGUGGUGGCCGAGUGCACGCUGAAGGAGAGCGCUGCCAUCAACCAGAUCCUGGGCCGGCGGUGGCACUCGCUGUCACGGGAGGAGCAGGCCAAGUACUACGAGCUGGCGCGGAAGGAGCGGCAGCUGCACUCGCAGCUCUACCCGACCUGGUCAGCGCGGGACAAUUACGGCAAGAAAAAGAAGCGGAAGCGCGAGAAGCUGGCGCAGCAGCAAAGCCACGACGCGGACAGCUCCCUGCCCUCCAAGAGCAAGAAGCCGUGCGUGCCGUACCUGCCGGCCGAGAAGCCGUGUGCCAGCCCAGCCUCGUCCCACGGCAGCAUGCUGGACUCGCCGGCCACGCCGUCGGCAGCGCUGGCCUCGCCGGCCGCGCCGGCCGCCACCCACUCGGAGCAGGCCCAGCCGCUCUCGCUCACCACCAAGCCAGAGGGCAGGGCUCAGCUCGCCGUGCAUUCCACCAUCCUCGCCAGCAAAGCCUCCUCUUCCUCCUCUUCCUCCUCCUCCUCCUCCUCCAGCCUCGGCAGCCCGCCCUCGCUCCUCUCCAGACCCAUCCCCUUUGCCUCGGUGACCCCCACGGCUCUCCUGUCCUCCCCGCCCGGCUCCAUCCCUGCCGCCCUGGCUGUGCUGCAGACACAGCCCCUCUCCCUGGUCACCAAACCUGCUGACUGAGGGAAAAGCCUCCUUCCCCUGCCUCCCCCCUCGGGCUCCUCCCCGCUGUACAUUGCAGAAGCCACAAUCAAGAUUCAAACGCAGCCAAAACCAUUAUUGGUCAAUAUUUGACCCUUUCUGAACUCUUUGGAAGCAGACUCUAGAGGAAGAGGCUUUCUGCUCAGAGCUGCUGCCAGCAGUCAACUUAAAGACUGUUUUUAUUAAAAAAAGGAGAAAAAAGGAAAAAAAAAAUAUAAUGAAAUAGACCCUCCGCAAGCUGCCGAUGAUGGGAAUCUCUGUGGGAUGAACUGAGUGCUCCUCGCUGCCGUGGGGCACGGGGAUGAAACCUGCGUGGUGAUGCCAGCACCAAAUACGGCAGGUGUUGACUGGAACUGGCACUCCAUCCCGGAUCCAGGAGCAGGAAUUCCUCCAGCUGCUCCCAAAUCCUCCCGUCCUGCUCCCAUCCCCAGCUCUGUCCUGGCAAGGAGCUGGAUCCUGCCCCAGGGAUGCUGCUUCGUCGGUGCCGCUCCUGCCUGCAGCCCUGCUGGAGUGGGCAGGGUCUGGGGCUGAGCCCUGGGAGGGGUUGUGUUUUUAUCACCUCAAAAUCCUGUUAUUUUUCACAAAAGGAAAUAAAACUACA